AUGUAUCAAAAGUAUCGUCCAUACGCAUCUCUUAAUCCUGUCAAGUCACAUAGUGGAGGAAAACCACCAUUUUCUCCUACGAUCAGCUCGUCGAGUCCUCCAUUCAAACCAGUAGUCUGUAAGACCGAUACGUUAGAUCCCUCAUUCAAAAAUGAGUUCAAGACACCUGGAUCGAGGGAGAUACCAGGAUCGCUACCGCGUAAACCCGCCCCUCAGGGGUCCAGCAACAAGUCAGAUCAUAACGUCAGCUCCGACCUUGGACCUUCGUCAUGUCAUGAUCCACCAAUUCCUACUGGACCUAAAUCAUUGAUCGAACGAAUCUCUUUCACCCCUCAUACACUGUCUUCUUUUCCGCUUGGAAACUUCAACCUCACCAACUCCGUUGUCGCCAAAACUCCUGAAACAGGUGUACCAAUCGAGAAGAUGCAAUCGGACCAACUCAGCAAGGCCCUCUCUGCUUUAGCUGCACUUUCCCACAAGUUGAAAAUGAAUUCAAGUAAUCUCACUCAAAUCGCUGAACCGACACGUGCCAACAGAGGUCAUCGAUUUCAUUCUGAAGAUAAUGAAAGAUUCUCCGUAGGAUCUGUGCAUCCCAUUCGGCAGACAUAUAGAAGACCGGAAAAAGGGUUCUCGACCAGUCCGAGAAGGAGAUACACGAGGGAAGAUGAUCGAAGGAGAUCUUCCUCUUGCUCCUCUUUCCAUCAUGAAGGUCAUUCAGGCAGAUUCAGCCAAAGGCGAUCGUCAUAUCGAACUUAUGAGGCAUACUACAGUACGCAGAACCGCCACCGACAUCGACAUGGUCAUCACAAUCAUAAUCGAAGAUAUGAUCAUUACAGACCUAAGUCGGACUAUCGGCCUACAACCAAUAUAAUCAAGGACGAGCUGAAAGGGUUUGAACAUCAUUUUAAAGUUGAUGAAGAAGAGGAGAAGACGAUUGAGCCUAAGUAUAUUGGGAUUUCGGAAGAUGGGAGGCGAUUGAUAUUUGGUUCAAAAAGGAGGGAAGUUGAACUAGCUUUACUUGCAGCUCAUAAGGAUGAAGAUAUCCAGGGUGCACAGUCAGCUGGAGAACUACCUGUUGAGGAGAAUCGGACUGGAUGCAGUCCGUCCGAACGACUCGGAUCGCCUCUUCGUGGUGAUCACGAAAGUGUCUCUCAGGUUGAUGUCGUAGAUGCAGGUGUAGUUGCAGAACCGAACGAGAAUCGUGAUAGUAACGAAAGAGGUCUUUCAGGAGCCAUUCAGGCACAAACAGUAUUAAGAUGUGAAAGGGGAUCAGAAAGUGGACCCGGAGAUCAGGAGGAAGAACAACAAGCAGAGGAAAGUGAAUUGUCGACAGAAGAGAGUAAAGAAGGAGGUGAGAUUUCGGAGGCAUUAGAUCACAUUGACAACCUCAACAACCACGCCUUUCAGUCCCAAACUGAAGUUGUCCGGAAAUGUCAACUCGUCGGUAAGACAUCAAGGAAUGCUUUGACUACCGAUACACUAUCUCGGUUCUACUCGAAAUCCUCCUCACCAAAUUUCGAUACCGGCAACACACUCACACCUAAACCUAGGGUAUAUCGUAUAAGCGAUUUAUCUUCUGAUAUCUUGGAUCUAAUGGGUAUCCAACUUCGAUAUGCCUUCAAGAAUGACAAUUUGAAUAGGUCUGAUAGAUGGGAAGAUAUUUUAGAUGGUGGGGGAAAAGGAAAAGUACUAAGACUGGCAGGUAGGGAUCUGGGUAUAAGGUUGGGUAUGAGUAAUAGCGAAUUUGAGAUUGAUGGUAUAUUGCGAAAUGGUUCGUCUCAUAGUGUUGAUGAUGAAAGUGAUCGUGCUUGUAAGAGAUCCAGGUCUAGGUCUAGAUCCGCAGACAAUGAGGAAGAAGUGGAAAGACUAGGCAGGAAAAGGAAGAGAAUCAUCAUUUGA